GGAAAAAUGACGUUGUAUAAGUUGGUGGUGCUGGGGGAUGGCGGUGUCGGAAAGACUGCUCUCACAAUUCAGGUUUGCUCCUUGCCUAUCCCGGUCCUGUGAUUACGAGCUUUUGGCUGAGACUUUGGAUUUAUUAGCUGUGUUUGAAUCAUUUCGUUGAGACCUACGAUCCGACCAUCGAAGACUCCUACCGCAAGCAGGUAGUGAUCGAUAAUCAAUCAUGUAUGUUGGAAGUCCUGGACACGGCAGGCCAAGAAGAAUAUACGGCACUGAGGGACCAGUGGAUUCGUGACGGCGAAGGUUUUGUGCUCGUCUACAGCAUCACGUCGCGCGCUUCGUUCUCUCGGAUACAAAAGUUUUACAACCAGAUCAAGAUGGUCAAGGAGUCGGCGAACUCCGGAUCGCCUUCCGGAGCGAGCUACCUAGGAUCCCCGAUGCAUGUCCCUGCUGGACCGCCGCUGCCUGUGCCUGUGAUGUUGGUUGGCAAUAAGAGCGACAAGGCCGUCGAGCGUGCGGUUUCAGCACAAGAAGGCCAAGCUCUGGCCAAGGACCUGGGCUGCGAGUUUGUGGAGGCCUCUGCGAAGAACUGCAUCAAUGUCGAAAAGGCCUUCUACGACGUUGUGAGGAUGCUCCGACAGCAGCGACAGCAACAGCAGGGUGGACGAGGCCAAGAACGACGGCCGACCGGCCUGGGCACCAUGCGCGAUCGUGAUGCUGGCCCCGAAUACCCUAAGGCUUUCCGCCCAGACCGAUCGAGACAUCGCAACCCAAUCAAAUGUGUUGUCUUGUAAGCUGUUGCCUUGAGGGGCUUGUGUGAACGAACGGUCGGUCGUGCUGCUUACGAGGCCUAAUUUGGGGUCUCCUGGACAUGGUUUCUUUUUCGAUCCAUUGAUGGUCGAUUCUUCAUUCUUGACCUCCGAUUUUCAACUCCCAUCCCCCCACCCCUCCUCUCCGCUCCGAGGAUCCAUGUGAGCAUGCUCCAUAACAAUUUGUUCUCUUGUUUAUAUUUGGCUGCAAGACAUCUUGUCGGUCCCCAGGCCCCCCUUUGUCACCUUUCUAUGACCGACAGCUCGAGAUGUCGGUAUACGGAUAAUGUGCUUGAUGCAUGACGCAUGCG